GUGUGUGUGUGUGUGUGUGUGUGUGUGUGUGUGUGUUAGUACGUGUGCAUAUUGUGUGUGUGGAGUGUUUUGUAUGUGGGUACACUGUAAAACCAAAUGCUCAAAAUAAUCAAACAGAUUAAGUAAUGUAAACUUAAUUUCAUAAAAAAGUUAUACUUACUUCAUUAUUUUAAGUUCCUGAAACACAAUUUUACUUUUAAGUAAAGUAUAAUGAUUCUUUUUGAUUAACUUGAAGUUUUGACUAAAACUUAAAAAAUAUGAUUUUCUCCUUGUUCUAUUUACUUAAUUUAAACAUGUUAAUUCAACACAUUUGGUCGAGAAUAAUUUCCAAUUCCCAGCAUGCUUUGCGUCAGAUUGCAUUAGGAGAAUACAUUUGAAAGAAUAUGAAUAUUUGAUGUGUUUUUCAGUAAAGUUAAAGACUUGUUAGUGUUUAAUGUUCACUUAUCUUAGAUAUUUAGAAGAGUUUGACAUAUUUUUCAGUUUUGUGGUUACCAUUGUUCAGAAGAGUGGUACAUGUGCUUAGGCUGUGGGAGGUUAAAGCACAGCUAUGACGUGAAUUGCAACAUUCAAUGAGCAUUAACUGUACUAAUAAUUAACCAGUACUAAGAUGUCUCUCAUCUUACUUGCUCAUUGUAUUUUGAUUUACAUGCAGUAAGUCUGUAUUGAACUCAUGUAUGACAACAAAAACGUACCAAUAAGACUAAUAAAUGUCGAGUUUAGUUAACAUAAAAUUACAGACAAAAUUUUGUCAUUUCAACUUAAUUAAUUUAAGUAAAUUUGAAUCAGAAAAGUAGUUAUUUUAGUAAUUUAAACGUUUUUUUUUAAUAAAGUUUAGUUAAGCUUACUUAAUUGAAUCAAGGCAACGAGUUUGCACAAUUUCAUUAAGUAAAGUGAACAAAUUAGUUUUUACAGUGUAUGUCUGUCUUCUGUGUUUUCAACUUUUUCUUGUUUUUGCAGGUACAACUUUAAUUGUUUUGCUUAUAGUCAAUAUGUCUUAUGUACAGCUGCUUUGUAACAAUGAAUAUUGUAAAAAGCGCUAUAUAAAUAAAGUUGAGUUGAGUUAGUUUUUAACACCAUAUUUAUUUAAUAAAACCUUACCAAUUCUUUACAUCCUGCUCAAGUUGCGCUGGCAAAGUUGAUGUAUCGGCUUGAUCAUCUUAAUUUUCCGUAUCAGAUUCGGGCUCGAAUUGAUAUAAGGAAGUACCGAUGACAUUUUAUCACCUGUCAGUACAAUUGCGUGGGAACAUGAUGUUCCGAAUAUGGUAAGAUGCGUUACAUUUCCGUGAAACGCUUGCAGUGUUCGACCAAUCACUACACACUGGUUAACUGGCCAAUCAUAGCACACCUCGCUUUUCAGAGCGAUGAGCUUUGUAAAAAAUCAGCGCGUUUCAGAGAGGCGGGGCAAAGAGGAGAUACAAAAAUGGAAAAUACAGCGUUUUUUAACCUUAAAUCGUGUAAACACAUUGCAUUCCAUCUAAAACAAACGAUAAUAUUAGUUUUAGCCCUGUCAUAUGACCCCUUUAAAUUCUGCCAGCGGGACAUUAAACAUGAAGUGUUUGCGAGAGAACGCAAAAGUUUUGCGAGAUAACGCAAAUAUGUUUGCGAGGGAACGCAAUGUUUCAAAAGCUUUAAAAAAUAUUUUUCUCUUCCCUCUCAUAUUUUUCCCACCGCCAUGUCCCUAAAGGGCUCCGUACAUUUCUUGUUUCUGCUUAAGAUAAACUGCUCCAUAUUGGUUUUGUCACAGGUGAAGAAAAAAACAUGAACAUAUUUAUUAAAAUCAUUUUUAGCACGUAGGCGAUGAAUCAUCAUUAGCUAGUGUUCUAGUGCCGUUCGUUCUUUAUUCAUAAACACCUUUCUUUUGUUUUUGUAAUUAUUGUUAUAAUCAUCAACGUCAAAUUAUUUUAAUAUCAAGGGAUUGACUCGUGACGUCAAAGCUGAUCGAGGUGACGUCUGUCUCUGUUGUUUUAGCCGGUUUCUAUGGUUACAGUCGCAGAGCGCUGUCGUUUUUUAGUCAUUUAACUCGCAACAAAUUAAUAUAGUGUGACCAAACAGUAGUAAAGAACAAUGGCAGCGCUGAAUUUGACACGCGAUGAAGUCAAUCGAUUGAGCGAAGCUCUUAAAGACGAUACUUUCCGUCGGUUGUUGAGUGAAUACGCCGCAGAGAUCUCGAACCCGGACAACAAGAGACAAUAUGAAGAAGACAUCAAACAGCUCGAGGCAGAUCGAGGCAUGCGCGUGCAGUUUAUUCACCCUCAAGCGCAUCACGUAUUAAAGUCGAGCAGCGCUGGCGGGAAAUGUUUCAUUAAUGUGUGUUGCGAUCCGCUGAUCGAUAAACCUUCAUGUGAAGCGGCUCGAGACAGAGACGGUAAUGCGGGUCACAACUGGACUUUACCCCACAGCCUGACACCAGGCAGACCCGAUAGAGACGCCAAAGGAAACGCGUGCGUGAUUUAUGACGCGGUUUUUCAUCCAGAUGCGCUUCACAUGACGGAGAAAAACGCGAGAUUUAUGAAACUCAUCAACAGCACAGCCAUCAGAGGGAUUGAAGACUCUUUCCAAAUUAAACUGGAUAGCAGCACAACAAAGCUGCUGAAGAGCAAGUACAAAGGUGUUCCACAUCCAGCGGUGAUCCGCAAGCCCACAUCUGAAUUUAUGAAACACCAGCAGAGCAAGUGUGAGGAAAAACUGCCGUUUCCAUAUCCAGAUGUGUGCUCCGCUGCAGCUCCUAGUCAAACAGCAUCUUCAUCAUCCAAACAACCCAUAAAACCACAUUACACCUUGAAAUACCGAUCAGUUGUUGAUAUACAAAAUUACAGACACUCUCGAGAUUCCACGUCCAAUGCGCGAGACAUCAUGGUCAUCAUCGAUUUACCGCUGCUCACUUCAGCACGUGAUGUUGAUGUCAGUGUGACGGAGAGACGACUCGUCCUGGAGACUCAAAAACCCUCAUAUAAACUGGAGCUUUCGCUCUCUUAUCCUGUGGAUGAAGAUAAAGGAGAAGCUAAAUUCAACAAAACAACAAAGCAGCUGACAUUGAUUCUCCCUGUUUUACCAGUGAAGAACACUGAAUCACCUCAAAUGACACGUGAUGAUGAUGAAGAUAAAGAGGAGAGAGACUCUGAGGAUAAAGCCAAACUGAUGCAAAAAGAGAAAACACACAAAACCGGACACACAGAAUUAAACGGUGAUAUUUUAACACAAUCCACAAGUGACGGAUUUGGGCAGAAACCUGUUGCAGUAGAAUCGCUGUGUUUAUCAAACAGUUGUGUUGUUGAUGAAACAAAACCACACACAUAUGAUACGAGCAUCAGUAUCAUCAUGAAUCCAACAGAGAGCAGAACCGAGACAGAAGAAACGGAUCAUUUCCCUCACACAUGUGUUGCAGAAAUAAUCCCAGAUGAUGAAGAAAAUCUUUCUGACAUGAACAUCAAUUCACAUGAGAUGACAUCUGUCAGCAACAUCGGCAUCCAUGUGACACCAGAUGAAGAGUUUGUUCAAAAGCAAACACAGAAAACAACAUUUGGGGCUACAGCAGACGAGUCACUGAUGUCACGUGACGUUGGCCAAAUAUAUCAGAAUCCAACGACAAGUAAACAGCCGAACGUCUUCCCAGCACAUGAAGAGCCUCAGAGUUCUUCUGAUUUAACCAAACCGGUGUCACAAAAACCAGAGACCAGAGAAGAGCCAAAUUCUGCACUGAAUCCUGCGAAUGACACGAAUGCCAUCUUAAAUAAGGAAAUCCAGGCCCAAUCAAAGGAACCAGCAGAUGUUGACAAUAAUUCAAAAUCACAUGCUGCAAUUGUGAGAGAAACCAAAUCAGACGGAAGAGAAAUAGUUAUUUGUGAUUACCACACUUCAGCUGCUCUGUGUUUCCAGAACUCUCUGUGUUUUGAUUUGGACUGAUGAGG